UUCUAGAUAAAAAAAUUGAUGAUUAAGAAUUAACAUAAUGGAGUUCAAACUCAAGACACACGGCAGCAAACAAACAGGAACACAAUUCUUUUUCUCAAGUCUAAACUAAUUUUUUUUUUUUUUGUCUUUGCCAUGAUGACAAUACAUAUUAUUUUACUCAUUGUUUUGCAAGAUGCCAAUCCCCAGUUUACAGUGCAAUAUAAAGGCUUAGAGGAUUAAUUAGGUUAAUUAGGCAGGUUAGUUUGGCAAGUCAUUGGACAACAGUGGUUUGUUCCAUAGCCAAUCAAACAGAUAAUUUCUUAAGAGGGCUAAUAAUAUUAACCUUAGCAAUUUUUUUAAGUAUUUUAUUCCAGACAAAUUAAAAUAAGGCUUUCUCCAGAUGAAAAAUAUAAGAAGAAAUAUUGUGUUAAAAUUCCCUUGAUCUGUUAAACAUCACUUUGGAAAUAUCUGAAAAAGAACUGAAAUUUCAUAGGGGGCUAAUAAUUUUGUCUUUUUAACUGUAGUUAAUGUAUAGCUAAAUGUGUAUAUGACUUUUAGUGUCGUUAAUAUAACACACAAAAUCAACUAUUCUAUUUUUAUUUAUUUAUUGUUACUUUCACAAUUAUACUUUCCCGAUAAAACCUGCGUUCAUUUGAGCAGAUGUAACGAAAAAAAAAAAAAAAAGUUUGACUUAUGUGCUCAUCAUGCGUGGCUGAAUUUAGACACGCAUAAGAGAUAUGUGUAAUGUACUGUGAAGUUGUCUUGACGCGCUCAGUUCAGUUCAGUUCAGUUCAGUCUGCGCUGUCAUGGCUUGGUGUGAUCGUGGCGUUCAGAUUGUUUUGACGAGCCUGGGCGCGUUCGCAGCGAUCAGCCUGAUGACUGUCGCGAUCGGAACCGACUUCUGGCUCUACUCUAGAGCUCACAUCUGUAACACGACCAACGCAACAGAUGAAGCCCACACCUUGCAGCAGCCAAAGAAAACACAAGGAGAUUUCACGCAUUCUGGACUUUGGAGGAUCUGCUGUAUGGAAGGUAAAUGCAUGGGCUGAAUUUUAAUAUGUAGACUAGAAGUUGCAAAUAGAAAUAAAAUCUACACACAGUUAAGGAAGAAGGAAGAAUGUAUUGAAUUAAUAAAUUCUGCCAGAAUUUACAGAAGCAGGAAUAACAUUCUCUUGAGUAAACUAACACUAAACAUAUCCUAAAAUAAAACUUAAAAGAUUUACAGAAGCAGGAAUAACAUUCUCUUGAGUGCAGGAAUCCUAUUUGUAUCUGCAGGUCUUAGCAAUAUCAUCGGCAUCAUUGUUUACAUCUCCAGUAAUGCUGGAGAACCUAGUGAUAAGAAAGGAGAAGAUAAGAAGAACCUGUACAGCUAUGGAUGGUCCUUCUACUCAGGUGUACUCUCCUUCAUUGUGGCAGAGGUCAUCGGUGUGUUGGCCGUCAACAUCUACAUUGAAAAGAACAAAGAGGCCCAUUUUAAACACUUUGAGUUUAUUAAAUCUGUCCCUUCCCCUUCAUCCUCUCCCUACACAAGCAUUCCAAGUUACCAUUACAGACAACAACGGUCUCAGUCCUGUUCUCAGUCCAGAGAGCCAUCUAAAAACACUUCCCUUGCCACACUUAGCAUCACUGGCUCCUCACUGCCUUUGGGGGACAUUUUAAUGUAUACGGUGGGGAGAGAACAUCCACUAAAGGCAGGUGCUCUGGCCUCCUAUAACACUGAUCUUGAACAUCCCAACUUUCUGCAAGUCCACAACCAUGUUUCUAAAGAUGUGAAGGACAGUCUGAAUUGCAGGAUAACUCCUGUGUAAAAAUGCAGUUUGCAGUUACAUGAUGCAUUUAUAAUUAUUUACCGUUUUACUCAAUCAUUUUUGGUUCAGUUCUCAAAUGAGAGUUAUUGGUUUAGUUCCAUUUCAGUUGGUCACUUUCGAAAUCACAUCGAUGUCCAAUAAAUUGGAAACUACUUCGAGUCUAGACUAAACAAGCCACUGCAUAUUGGCAUGCAAUAAUUGCAUCUGGCUGCCACCGAUCGCAGUGCGAGUAUAAAUAGGCAGCAGGUGCAACUCAUACUCAGCUUUUCACUUCGUAGCUGAGCGAUAUCAAUCGUUCUGCUCUUAGUUUAGCUCACUCUAAGGGAGCUUCUUUGUGUUGUUGGAACAGCGCUACUGCGGUGGUUGUUUUCCCGUGUUGAGUGGAUUGCCCACAUCAGGCUGCACUACCCCCUGUUUAUGUUGCAGGCGGCCAUCUCCCCUGUGUGCUUCAAGCUAAAAGAGCCUUUUUCCCUAAAAUAGCAUUCACAUUCAUGUUUCUGGAUGCAAUCAUUACCUGACGCUGGAUGAUGGUCAUGAUCGCUGCCUCACGUUCCUGGGCAUUAAGCACACUGAGGUUGGGCUUGUGGAUGAGUCAUGUUCUCAUUGCGGGAACACGGCCAUCUCAGAGUUGCGGUGCCUUUGCCUCUAUCUAUUUCUCUUCCUGGCAGAAGUCAGGGGAGGACUACUUCAGGC